AUGAUCUCGCGAAAGAUACUCCUGAAACAAGUCCUGCUCCUAUCAUCAGUUGCUCUGGCUUAUUUAAAAGUGGCCAGCUGUUUGCCAGAGAAUAGAUAUGACCAUUGGUAUAAUACAGAAUACUUUUGGAACAAAAAGAUAAGCUAUAUCAAUAAACAAGUUAAAAUUCGUGCAGAGUUUCUUAAGAGAGCUGAGUCUAUUGCCAACUCUGAGAAAAUGGGAUUAAAUUUUAAUGCUGGUGAGUACAUAGAGAAAGGAAAAAAGAUUAUGCCAGCAAUAAAAGACGAUUUAGAGUCUAUUAAAACAGAUUUUAAGCUGCUCAAAGACUUACUUAAAACGCUAAACAAAGUAAGCGGCAGCAUCAGAAAAAGAAAAAAUAAUCCUAAUAGUGCAAUAGAGGCUGCUUGUGAUGAACCAAUCGAAAAUUAUUUCAGUACCAGAAGAGAAAUUAACCCAAGAAUAGAGCAUUUAUUGUCAAUAAUGCACAAUAGAAACAAGUUGAUGUUUGAUAAAAUACACGAAUUCAAUUCAGAGAUGCUGGAUUUCAUAGAAGAGUACAGCGAAGAGAAGUAUAAAGACACCAAGAUGCAAGAAUUGCACAUAUUCAGGCUGGCAAAGAGAAACAAGGUGCUCCCCACCAACAUAAUAUUCACUUUCUUCGAAAUAGACGCAAAAAGAUUUUUAACAGAUAAGAGAGCUUACAAUAAGCAGUUUGAAGAAAUGCUUGGUUUCUUGGACAGUCUUAUUUAUGACAGCACUCCCAUUUACACCAAUUAUAUAGUUCCUACAAUAAAAGAAGUCCUAGACAAGAAAACAAACCCACUGGUCUCUGCGAAUAAGUUCUUUCCAUCUGUAUUGCAGGACUAUGGGUUGUACACAGAUAAAGAUGACACAACAGUCUAUACGUACUUCAAGCUUACAGAAAAUGCUAUUUCUAACGAGGAAAUAAAGAACUACAGAGAUAUUGCGCCCAAGCAGAUUAUAAAGCUGAUAAUGACCGAACACUUAAUGGACGGGCAUCUGCUAAACUACAAAGAAAACUGCUUGUUUUCUAACUUGGAGAAGAUAGUAUCAGACAUGGAGAAAACAAAGCAGGAUGCAGCACUCAAUGCUCUGAGCGUGCUGUGGAAUGAUUGGUAUUGCUCUUCUGUUAAAAGAGUGACUCCAGAAGAGUUCUGCAAAAAUAAUACUGUCAAUGUCAAGAAUUUAAGAAAACUAAAACAAGCUCUUAUAUACACCAUUAGGUGGGUGUAUACAAUAGAUAAAUCAAACUUAGAAGGAUUCGCUGCAUUAUCAAGAGAAGAGAUAGCAAAAGAACUGCACUACGAUCUAUCAUAUCUACAUCCUAUGUGGUACAUGAUUAAGAGAUAUGAAAGUAUUGCUCACCUAGACACGCCAGAUCCCAACUGCAGCAGUAACUUAUUCAUAGGAGUAGGCGGAAAAGAUAGCUUGCUUAUAGUUAGACCGCACAAAAUAAGCAAAAACGAUGACUGUUUAAUACGGGCAGAGAAUAUGAGAGACUUUAUGAAUACGUUUACUUCACUGACUUUGUUUGAAGUUGAAUGCUUCUACAGACUUCAAGAUGCCGACAAAUCUCAAGAAAUAUACCAGAACUUCCUCGAGUGUUUGGAAAUACCUCUAAAAAUUAAAAACAAUACAUCUCUUAUUGAAGAGCCCCAAGAAAAAGAGGUAGAGCGAGAGUUCAAGAAAAUCAAACUAUCAGACAACUAA